AUGCAAGGGGCAGGAACAACCGCGGAUGUCUUUGUUCAAUUGGCUGAUAAGAAUAAAACAGCCGGUGAACACUGGCUUCGCGUUGAUCGGCGUGGUAGACCAUCCACCAGCAACAUGGAGAAGUCAUCAUACACCUUCUCCGAGGGUUCCGUUGUGGAGGCUGAGGUGAACUGUAGUCAGCCGUUGAAUCAGCUUUCAAGGCUCCGUGUAGGACACAACAAUCGGGGUCAGUCUCCUGAUUGGUUUCUUGAAAAGGUAAUGGUGAAAGACCUUGAUCGAAAUCAAACCUUUACAUUUCAAUGCAACCAAUGGAUCUCACAAAAUCGUGGGGAUGGUCUCCUAGUUCGGGAUCUUUACAUCGAAAAGUCGAAUAAGUUGACCCCAGAGAAAGCUAGAAAAAGCCACGAUUUCGAGGUGGAAUUAGUGACACGAAGAGGAUCCACUAUGGGUACGCCAAAAAAUCUACUUCUAAAGCUCUACGGUCCACCACCACGCUAUGAUGAAAUUAGGAUGAAAGACGUCAACGUUUCCCCGCUGAUUCGAAUUGCUGGUAAAAGCAUCAAGUUUGAAGAAACCAACUGGUUCAAAUUCAAAAUUCCCAAUCACGAAAAACUGAUACCAUGUCGCAAACUGGACUCCUCGACCACGGUUGAGGCGGGGCAAAUACCCUGGAGAGUGGAAGUGUACACCAGCGAACGACUAAACGCGGGAUCGAGCGCCCGUCUAACCAUUGUACUCUACGGAUCAACAGGAAAGUCGGAGGAAGUAAUUCUGACUGACGAACCAACAAGUGAUCGGCGAAAACGCUUCAUAGCGGGAUCAUGUGCGACCUUCAUCGUAAAAAUGCCGCCAGUUGGGCAGCCAUACAAACUUCGGAUAGGUCGCGAUAAUCACGGGAUAACCUCAAACUGGCAUCUGGAGAAGGUCGUUUUGCAAAAUUUAUUGGAUGGCAAGUCCUACUACUUUCCAUGCAGUCAGUGGAUUUCGGGAGAUGCUGGCGGGGGCAUACUAUAUCGUGAAAUGCCGGCGUCCGGAAUCAACGUCCCCAAUCCUCCACAAUGUAUGUCACAAAAGCACACAAAACGAUUAGAUUAA